AUGUUGGCCCCUGGCCUGGCCCCCCAGCCCUCCGUUAGGCGGUGGUCGGGCACGGCGCUGACAGCAGCAGUCGGGGCUGGAGUGGCGGUGCUCUGCGCACUGGCAGUCCUGCGCACCUUAUCUGGAAGCCUGCUGGAGGAGCGGCGGUCGCCCUGGCCGGGAUUUAGCCUGCCGCUGCGGUCAAAAGCCUCCCUACGGCGGCCGGCGGACCCGGGGAACAGCAGCGGGCCCACCCCGGUGCCCUGCAAGUUCAACACCCAGCUGAACUACAGCGCUGUGCACUGGAGCAAGCGCAACGGCACAGCCGACCAGCUGUCCAUACGAGGCUGUACCAUGAAGCGCUACUCCCAUGCCGAGGCAAAGCAGUGCUUGGCGGGCAAGCGACUGGUGUUUGUGGGGGACAGCCUGACCAGGUAUCAGUACCUUGCACUUAUCUACUUUCUGGAGAAGGGAGAGUGGCCUGCCCCGCUGGGCGGCGUGCCAGGGCAGCCCAGUGUGACAAACGAGCACGACUGGAACGACUUCCUGCGGGGCACCAGCGCGCUGUUUGGCGGACGCGAGCUGUGCGACUGCUACCGAAGGGAGUACAUCCUAGGGGUGACCCCCAGGCCGCCCGAGAAGGAGAAGUUUGAAAACCGGUUCUUCAUCACAGCAGACGGCGCCACGGCAGUCUCCCACUUCACGUACACUACAGCGCCACACACUGUGCACGGCCAUUUCGGCUUCCCGCCACACCUCAUGGGCCAGACGCCGUGCGCGCCCGCCACCUGCAACCAGACUGCCGACUGGGCGUUUGACCUGGCCCUGAGGAGGGUGGUACGCCCGCUACAGCCCACGCACGUCAUCAUCAACUCCGGCAUGUGGGGCUCCAGCAACGCAUUCGGGGAUGACAAGUGGCGGUCCAUCGCCGCCGCCGGCCUGUACUCGGUGUUUGAGCAGCUGGGGCGCGUCAUCUGGCGCACCACCACCGCCGCCCGCGGCCCAAGGGCGCCCACCAGGGACCACGACGCGCUUGCGCUCAAGCACACGGCAGCAGAGGGCUGGGGUGUGCUGGAUGCCUAUGCCAUCACCCGUCCGCUUGUCAAGAUGCUUAACAAGCCCAUGUGGGACCCCCGGCACUACCAGGCCGUGGUGUACCGCGAGCUCAACCUCUACCUGCUAAACAUGAUCUGCGAGGCAGAGUCGUGA